CAAAUGUAUAAUAUUAAUUUUAAAUAAUUUAGUAGAAAUGUUUAACUGAGUUUAUGUUAUACUUACACUGUAUAUUAAAAUUACAAUCGCAAUUUCAUGCUCCGCGAGAUAACAACUCUGUGUCUUUACAUAAUUUCGUUGCUAAUAAGUUUAACUGCUAAUAAAUGUGCGACUCGCCCCGACAAGAAAUGAUAAAUUUCAAAUUAUUACUUUGCUUAUGGCACUUACAUAAAUCACGUUCAAUCUUGGCGCUGUUGCGAUACUGUAAUUGCAAUAGUAUCAACGCUUGUCGCUGUUAAACGUUUAUGAAAUAUAUCGUGUCUGACGUUUACAACCGCGGUAAAAUAGAUCGUCGCACUUUACAUAUGCUCGAUCAUAUUGUAUGAUGACGCAGUCAGCAAAAAUGCGUGGAGCACUCAUUAUUCUCUGUUUUGUUGGCUUCCUGUUUGAAGAGACAGGCGGAAAUGCACAUAAAGCGCAACCAAAGAUUAUCGGAGGACAACCAAUUGACAUAAAAUAUAGACCUUUCAUGCUUUCUUUACAUAAUUUACGUGGAUUUGCGUGCGGUGCUAAUAUAUUAUCGAGGACAUGGGCCAUCACUGCUCUUCAUUGUUUAGUCCCAGAAUCGCCGACGCAAUAUUAUGUACGGGCUGGAUCCAAUAAAACGGAUAGAGGCGGAUCUGUGCAUAGGGUGACGAGCAUUCACAUAUACAACGACACUCACGAUAUCGCACUUUUUCAAGUGAAACCGCGAUUUCGUUUUUCGAGAACCGUUCGGCCAGUUCGUUUACCAAGAUCAACACACGAAACACCAUUUGAACUAUUAGUUUGUGGUUGGGGAUACAUCAAUAAAGAAAUUACAAAGGCCGAUACUCUUAUGGGCGUUUUCGUUCAGCACGUUCCGUACGAAAGCUGUGUUAAUGCCACUUCUUCAUACGCAAUGCUCGUCAAAGAUGACUAUCAUUUAUGCUACGGAACCCAAGGAAAAGAUGCUUGCUACGGAGACUCCGGAGGAGGAUUGGCUAAUGAAAAAAUAAUUUACGGCGUUGUGUCUUUUGGUUAUGGCUGUGGAGAAGUGGCUGGCGUUUAUGUAAAAAUUUCAUAUUAUCGAGAAUGGAUUAAAGCUGUUACGAAUUUAUGAUUAAAUAUGCAAAUAUAUAUUAUA